CUCACCUGAGGCGCCAAUUCGGCUCACUAGGAAGAGGGAGAGAGCGGAGGUUCUUGGCCGCCAUGGGAACUCUUCGCCUCUCCUCCUCUCUCAACCUCUUCGCCUCUCGUUCUAAGAAUCCUUUCUUAAUUUGCGGCCACUCUCUCUCUGUUUUCCGGCAGAAUACUGGUCGUGUUUCCCUCUCCAGUUGCCUCACCUCCAUCUCCAGUGGCUUCUCUACUCAGCCACAAAAGCAACAGCAGGUGCAGGAAAAUGAAGAGAGGCUCCCAAAACCCAACCAGGAAGGCAUUACCCCGCGCUCUCAGGACUUCAACAUGUGGUAUUUGGAUGUAAUCUCGCAGGCCGAGCUCGCCGACUAUGGCCCUGUGCGCGGUACCAUGGUCAUACGCCCAUAUGGAUAUGCCAUCUGGGAAGCCAUCCAGGACUAUUUGAAUGUAAAGUUUAAGGAAACAGGGCACAGCAACAUGUACUUUCCUCAGUUUAUACCUUACUCUUUCGUCGAGAAAGAAGCCAGCCAUGUCAAAGGUUUCAGCCCAGAACUAGCAGUAGUAACAAUUGGAGGGGGAAAAGAACUUGAAGAGAAACUUGUGGUGCGACCAACUAGUGAAACCAUUGUUAAUCACAUGUUUACUCAGUGGAUUCAUAGUUAUCGAGAUCUUCCACUUAUGGUUAAUCAGUGGGCAAAUGUCACGAGAUGGGAAAUGCGUACGAAACCAUUUGUGAGGACUCUUGAGUUUCUUUGGCAAGAGGGUCACACAGCUCAUGCAACUGCAGAAGAGGCAGAAAAAGAGGCUUUGCAGAUGAUUGACGUGUAUAACACAUUUGCUUAUGAGCAAGCUGCAAUACCUGUCAUUGUAGGUCGCAAGUCGAGAUCCGAGACAUUUGCCGGUGCUUCAUGUACAUACACUAUUGAAGCAAUGAUGGGUGAUCGCAAAGCAUUACAAGCUGGAACCAGCCACAAUCUUGGGCAGAACUUUUCACGUGCCUUUGGAACACAGUUCGCUGAUGAAAAUGGCCAAAGGCAAUAUGUAUGGCAGACGUCUUGGGCUGUGAGUACCCGUUUUAUCGGUGGCAUUAUCAUGACCCAUGGAGAUGAUGCUGGUUUGAUGCUUCCCCCUAGGAUAGCACCAAUACAGGUUGUGAUUGUACCUAUCUGGAAGAAAUCUGAUGAGAAAGCAGCAGUUCUCAGUGCCGCUUCAAGCCUUGAGGAGGCAUUGAGAAGAGCAGGUGUUAAAGUUAAACUGGAUGACUCAGAGCAGAGGACCCCUGGAUGGAAAUUCAAUUUUUGGGAGAUGAAAGGUGUUCCUCUAAGGAUUGAAGUUGGGCCUCGAGAUGUUUCAAACAAGACUAUUGUCAUUUCAAGGAGAGAUAUUCCUGGAAAGCAAGGGAAGGUUUUUGGGAUAUCGAUGGAACCUUCUAUCCUGGAAGCAUAUGUCAGAGAGAGGUUGGAGGAAAUUCAAUCUUCUCUGCUUGAGAAGGCUACUGCAUUCAGAGACAGUAAUAUAGUGGAUGUUAAUUCCUAUGAUCAACUAAAGGCAGCAAUCUCUCAAGGCAAAUGGGCAAGGGGUCCAUGGUCUGCCAGCGAUGCAGAAGAGUUGAGAGUGAAGGAGGAAACAGGUGCAACAAUCAGGUGUUUCCCUUUUGAUCAGCCUCUUGGACAGAAAACUUGUUUGAUGAGCGGGAAACCAGCUGAUGAAGUAGCAAUAUUUGCGAAGUCAUACUGACUCAAGAGGAUAAAUGAGUAUCCUAUUCUCAACAUGAUCGGAUGGUAACCUUCAACCUUAAAACAGAAUAAUUUCAUGACUUCAAGUGAGACAGGUUCGGCCAAUCAAAGUUCCAUCCGAGUUCGUUCAGUUUUCAAAGCAAAUUGGACGAUGACCUGGGUUUUGCAUUAAUGCUCACCUCGGGAUAGUGUGUAUCAUUCCAAUUUUUUGGAUUUCUCCAAAGAGACUGACCUCUGGAUGGUCAGAUGUGGCCCACAAGCAUGGCAAAUAGUUAUAAUUCAGCACUGCAUCACAGCAACUAUGUGCAUUGUGAAAUUUGAUGUUGCAUUUUGUGCCCAGUCUAGUUUGUUGUGGAAGUUUCGAGAAGCCAUCGCAUCGAAGAUGGUUUUGCAUCCCUUUUUUUAGAAUUUGUAGAUUGUAUUGUUUGCAACAGAGGAUAAAAUAACUUAUUUAUAAAUAAGAAAGGAAUUGUAUACUGCAAA